AUGUCCGGCCCAGGAGUUGGUUUCGAGUUCCCUCGCUCAGACGUCUCAUGGCUGAAGAGAGAUGUCCUCCUGUUCGCCGUCAGUAUCGGCGCGACAGCGAAGGAUGAGUUGCAUUUCAUCUACGAACUAGAUCCCAAGUUCGCCGUCUUUCCCACCUACUCCAUCCUCCUCCCAUUCAAAAAGACCACACAAGAAGUGAUCGACUUCUACGCCUCGCAGCGCAGCAACCCGAUCCCGGGCGUGCCCAAAUUCGACCCGACACGAGUCCUGGACGGGCAGCGAUCGAUCGAAUUCCUCAAGCCACUGCCCACCUCGUCCGAGGGCCGGCAGUUCGAGCUGCGCGAGAAAGUCCUCGGCGUCUACGACAAGGGCAAGCCCGGCACGGUCGUCGAGCGCGAGACGCUCGUUGUCGAUAAACAGUCUGGCGAGGUGUAUACCCGCAUGGUCGGCUCGGGCUUCUUCGUCGGCCAGGGCGGCUGGGGUGGCCCCAAGGGCCCUGCGACAGUCAAUUACCCGCCGCCCAAGGGCAGAGAGGCCAGCCCCGAUAAGGUGCAUGAGAUCCAAUUGACGCCUGAGAGUGCCCAUUUGUACAGACUAAACGGCGACUACAAUCCACUGCACGCAACGCCCGAACCGGGCCAGAAGAUGGGCUUCGGCGGCGCGAUCAUGCACGGCUUGUUCAGCUGGAACGCGUCGGCGUUCGCGCUGCUCAAGGAGCUGGGCGGCAGCGACCCGGCCAACAUCAAGGACUUCCAGGCGCGGUUCGCCGCCCCCGUCAAGCCCGGCGUCAAGCUCGUCGUCAAGAUCUGGCGGACCGGAGAGGUCAAGGAUGGCUUUGAGGAGAUUCGCUUCGUCACUGAGGUCAAUGGGAAGGUCGUCCUCAGUAAUGGCCGAGCGUCGAUACGUGUCGUUGACGGCAAGAGUAAAUUGUAG